AAUAUUUUUGAUCUCAUAAAAGUUUAGAUAAAUUGGCUAUUCCUUCGCUAAUUGCAAUAGGAGAAAGGGCGAACACAACAAGAAAUUUGGCAAAAGAACACUAAAUGACGCGACGGUUACAGUCAAAUGAUGAUUUUCUAGCUGGCAAAAGUAGGAUACACGUGUUUAGAUAGAGGAACCUUCUACAUGCAACCAGAAGCAUGUGAAAUGACUAUCAAACAAAUUGGCUAUUGGUUUACUAUUAGCAAUGGGAAAGGGCAAACAUAACAAAUUUUGCAAAAGAUCACAAAAUAACGCGAUGAUUACAAUCAAAUGAUAUUUUUUCUAGCUGGCAAAAGUAGGAUACACGUGAUUAGAUAGAGGAACCUUUGACAUGCAACCAGAAGCAUGUAAAAUGACUAUCAGAAAAAUUGGCUAUUGCUUUUACUAAUAGCAAGAAAUUUGGCAAAAGAACACAAAAUAACGCGAUCGUUACAGUAAAAUAAUAAUUUUCUAGCUGGCAAAAAUAGGAUACACGUGUUUAGAUAGAGGAACCUUCUACAUGCAACCAGAAACAUGUGAAAUUACUAUCAGACAAAUUGGCUAUUGCUUCACUGAUAGCAAUGGGAAAGGGCGAACAUAACAAGAAAUUUGGCAAAAGAACACAAAAUAACGCGACGGUUACAGUCAAACAUCAGUAUACACGUGUUUAGAUAGAGGAACCUUCUACAUGCAACCAGAAACAUGUGAAAUUACUAUCAGACAAAUUGGCUAUUGCUUUACUGAUAGCAAUGGGAAAAGGGCGAACAUAACAAGAAAUUUGGCAAAAGAACACAAAAUAACGCGACGGUUACAGUCAGACAUUAGGAUACACGUGUUUAGACAACAGAUUCUUCUACAUUCAACCAGAAGCAUGUGAACUGACUAUAACUAAGAGAAGCUUAAAUACCCCUCUUGUGGAAUAACAAAAUCACAAAGAAAAACACUACCCAGAACCUAUUAGUUUCUCAAUCCAAAUUAAAAAAAAAUAAUAAUGCAUGAUGACAUCAUCCUUGAUAUACUUCUAAGACUUCCUGUCAAAUCACUUAUACGAUUCAAAUGUGUCUGUAAAUCAUGGCGCACUUCAAUUGAGGAUCCCAAUUUCAUCGAGCAUCACUAUGCUCUGUCUAAAAGUAAUGUGAAUCGUCAUAAAAUCUUUAUAACAGGAGGUGUAUCUGACAAUAUGGACAACUAUUUCUACUCUGUAGAUGCUCCACUUCAACAUGAUUCUGUUGUCUCUCUUCUCGAGACUCCGGUACCCGGAAUCAAUACCUUAAGUAGAGUAAGUUUCAUUAGUUAUUCCAGUAAUGGAAUAAUUCUUAUAGUUUUUCCUUAUGAUUUAAUCAUUUUAUGGAACCCGGCCACCGGAGAAUCGAGAAAAAUUCCUAGCCCUAUUCCUAAAAAGAAAAAGUCAGAGAGAAGACAAUUUCCUGCUGUUUAUGGUUUUGGCUAUGUUUCAUCUAUCGAUGAUUAUAAAAUAUUUAGGGUAGGGGGAAAAUAUAACUCACAUGCACAUUUUGAAAUCGAAUUAUUUUCCACCAAAAGUAACGCUUGGAAAUUAAUUGGCAUGUUUUCUCCUAACAACUUUUGCUUCGAAGGGGGCAUUGUUACCAUCGAUGGUAUCGUUUAUAUGAUAGAGAUGGCGGAUUUAUCUAGAAAUAUUGAUCGAUCUACUAUAUUAAGUUUUAGCUUGGAAAAUGAACAGUUUGAGUAUGUUUUGUUUCCGGAUCAAAUUCAAAGGUUCCAAGAUCCUAUUUUGUAUGUUUUAGGAGAAAAUCUUUGUUUGACUAGGAUGCACAAUCUAACUAGUCGAGAUUUUGAAGUUUGGCAUAUGAUAAAAGAUGGAUCAAUGAACAACAUAUGGAGUAAGAUCUUGACGAUUCCAUCGAUGCAUUGUGGACGUUGCUUGAGUCCGGUGUGUUUGAUGAAGAUUGAUGGAUACAUAAUGCUUCUGAAGCAUAAGGGUGAUUUCGAGAUCUAUAAUUCAGAUGGAGAGCAAAUCGAAAUAGUUGAAGUUCCUGGGCUUCAGUCUUCCCUUUUCUUCAAUUGUAUUGUACCAUAUGUAGAAAGUUUGUUUUCUCCUAAACAGAGACGGAUUUAAGAUUUCAAGAAAAUGAAUGUAACCUUAGGGUCUAGUUAACUUUUGUUUAGUAAUCAUUUCAAUGUACUUUUAUCUUUUGUGUUUGACAUGAUCAAAUCAUCUUGUAAUA